AUGGAUAGAACUGAUGAGUACAUGAGGAUAGUUGGAUCGACACGUAUUCCACAACAAAGCAGGGUGGACAUACAAUCUCCAUAUUCAAAGGCAUUCGAAAUGGAUGCAGCAGCAAGGAAGAUGCUAGGUGAGCUAGAGAAUGCACUUGAGAAGGGAAAGGUGUAUGAGUCAUUUACUUUGCAGUCGAAAAUGGAUAGAGUUCGAGAGUUUGUCAAGGAGAUGAGAAAUACAUCUUGUGCUGGUGAAAAUGCAAGGAACGAUCAAGAAGAGGCUUCAUAUUGUAAUCUUGAUGCAAUGAUAAAGCACAGAGCAGCAAGACAUCUCUUGAAGUUAUCAGAGCUAGCAAGAAAGAGAGAAAGCAGACAUCAGGAGAUCGUGGAAAGAAGAAAAGACUUUGACUCUGAAUGCAUCAGAGAGUGCCAAGACGUCGUGUUUAUGGAGAAUGAGGUUACCACAGAAAGAAUCAAAGAAAGGCAGAACAUAUCGAUGCAAAUCAGUGAAAUUGGACAGAUAAUGGAGGAAAUAAGUAUGCAUGUAUCAUUACAGGAGGAAAGCUUCAAAAGAAUCGAUGAAAUGAUGGGUACAUCAGAUACACUUAUUUCUGGAAGUCUUGAUCUGCUUAGAAAAACAUUGGAGAAUGUAUCUAAGACACGAUCUUCAAUAUUCAAGUUUUUUUUGUUCUGGUUGUUAUUGCUUCUGUUAAUUUGGCUCAUAAGGAGAUAA